UUUAUUGAUAACACAAAUAUAAUGCAACAUACACAAAUCGAUAUAUUUUAAAUUUUAGUACAUUUAUACAUUUAUUAGUAUAUCAUCAAUAAGGCAUUUCUUAAUUACGUCGGAUUUGAGGAACUAGGAAAGGUGAUAGACAUUCUAAUCUCUAUUUUGCAUUCUUUGUAGGUCUGCUGUUAUUCGUUGACGAAGCGGACGCCUUUUUGAGGAAGCGUUCUUCGGAAAACAUUUCGGAAGACUUGCGAGCCACGCUAAAUGCGUUCUUAUACCGUACUGGAGAGCAGAGUAACAAAUUUAUGCUGGUACUAGCAUCGAACACACCCGAACAGUUCGAUUGGGCCGUGAAUGACAGAUUGGACGAAAUGGUGGAAUUCCAGUUGCCCGGCUUAGAAGAGCGAGAACGAUUGAUCAGAAUGUACUUCCAGAAAUUCGUUCUGGAACCUGCAGCGGAAGGCAAAAGGAGGCUGAAGGUGGACAACUUCGACUACAGUGCCAUCUGUUCUAAAAUUGCUCAAAUGACAGAAGGGAUGUCUGGCAGGGAAAUCGCUAAGUUAGGAGUAGCUUGGCAGGCUGCGGCGUACGCUUCACCAGACGGCAUUUUGACUGAGAAAAUGGUGCUGGAUAAAGUGCAAGAUCAUGUCAAACAACAUAGGCAAAAGGUUGAGUGGCAGUCAGAACAGGAAAGAAAGGAAUCAAAAAGUAUAUACCAUUCCGAAAAAGAAGACUCUUAUAUACCCAUAGUUCCCAAAUCAAUUGAGGGCUCGACUGUUGAAAUCAGAGAGAUUACAGAUGAGCCUGAAACAACUAAAAAUCAGACAGAAAAGAAGCUAGAGCAAGCAAAGAAAGAACCCAAGUCGCCAACGACUAAGGAGACAGAAGGAAAGAGUUCGUAGAAGUAGCCUUUUUUGUAACAUUAAAUAGUGCAAAUAGUGGAAUGCGAGUUCUGGACCUGAGAUGAAGUCUUUUUUUGCUACUUUACUGGUUUUCGUUAUGACAGAUUAGUUGCGAAACGACUGAAAACAGGGUAGGGAUGAUUCAUUUCAUUAGGUACCGACGUACUGACAAGUUUAUAGUCACAUCUGUACAGCAUACAGAGAACAGAGUGCAUUUAAUUGUUAUUGCUCUAAAAACGCUCGAGUUAUUAUAUUGUACAAAUGGUUUACACUUUCGUUUUUAAUCCAUUUCUGUCUUGUGAUAUUUUGAACUAAGUACGGGAAGGUUUUAUAAUAUUCCCAGUGUUCAAGUUCAUUUUUAUAUAUGAAUAUAUUUUGUUGACCAAAAACGGUUGAAACAUU